AUGAAGAAGUUAAUAAGAUUAUAUAAAUAUUUAUUUAUGUUAAGAAAAUAAUUAAAAUCAGUUGAUGAUAAAAAGCCUUAGAAUCAAUCACCUUAUCGUUUGAAUUUCUUUAAUAAAUAAAUAAAGAAUAGAAGAGACUAAGACUUAGGUUAGGUUCAAGAUGUUCUAAAUAGAAGAAGAUUAAAAAUUAAAGAAUCUCUUUCAAUAUCAAAUACAUUUAAUUUUGAUGAAUAGCAACAACAUGCAUCAUUUAAUAGUUUUUUUGUUCAUUCAUCUAAAAAGCGAGAGAUAAAAGAUAAAUUAGUUACUGAGGCAGGAAAUUGUGGAUCUUAUAGAAAGCGUGUAGAGACAUUAAAUACAUAGCAAUUUUCAGAUGAUGACGCAAGAUUACAUCCAGAUCGAUAAAAUGAAAGAUUGAAAAUGAAAAUUUAUUUUAGUUUUCAAAAGAUGUAAAUAAGAUUGGUCAAUUUGAUUAAUCUUAUUUAGCAAAUAGAUGUCUGUUAUUUAAAUAAUUACAUUUCAGAAGUUUCCUCUUCUAUAGUUGAAAUAAUUGGAGUAUAAAUAUCAAAAUAUUAGGGUUAUUGUAAACAAUAUAAGAGAUAUAUAAUAAAUGAGUGUAUUAGUUUAGUUUUCUAUCUAAUGAUUAAGAGAGAGAUUUUAACAGGUAUUGAACUUACUAAAUUGGAAAAAUUGAUUAUUUAUAGUCAUUAAGCUAAUACUAUUUAAGCAAUAACCUCCCUUAAAUUAUAGAUUAAAGGCAUUUAAUAAUACUAGCAUCAGUUUCAGUAGUUUUAAAGUAUGAAUCCUUUGAUUCCUAAUCAAAUCGAAAAGAUGAAUUUAUUAAUUGAAUAAAAUAUUGAGAAAUUGUUAAAGUACAUCUUCAAAAUAUGAAGGAAUACAUAGGAUAAAUAAGUUCAUUAGCAUCUUCAAGCUUAUCGUGAUUCAUCAAUUGAUGCAGCUUUUUAAUUUUACCAAUAAAAACUUAAAGUGAUCUUAGUAAACUUAGAAAGAUUUUUAUUUUUGCUUCCUAAAAGUUCAACUGUUUAUACCUUAGUAUUAGAUUUAGAUGAAACAUUAGUACAUUUUAUAGAUGAAACAUAAGAAGUCUUGAUAAGACCAUACACAUAAAUAUUUUUAGAAUAAAUGGCCAAACAUUUUGAGAUAGUUAUAUUUACAGCAGGACUAUAAUCAUAUGCAGAUAAGUAUUUGAUUCUUUGAUUUAAAGGAUUAUUGAUAAAAUAGACAGUAUGAAUGUAGUAAAGCAUAGAUUAUAUAGACAUCAUACAUUUUUACAAGGAAAUGUAAUGUUAAAAGACUUAAGCACUUUAGGAAGACCUCUUUCAAAAAUUAUCAUUGUAGAUAAUAAUCAUUAUAAUUUUGUUUUAUAACCACAUAAUGGCAUUAAAAUAAAGUCUUGGGUUGGAGAUGAUAAAGAUAGAGCUUUAGUUGAAUUAAUGUAAUAUUUGGUGAAAUUAAUGAAAUAUGAGGAUAUAAGAAUUGGUCUAAAAGAAUUAAAAGCUAACCCUAAAUAUUUUACAACCUCUUUUUGA